AUGUUUUUAGCCACUCUCUGCGAAUCUUCAGCUAUUAUUUAUUUUAUUUUCUUUGAUUUUCAUAUACGCAUGGGAUAUUUAUUACUGCCGGAAGAAACAACAGAGGUGUUAAAUGACGCAUUCCUUAAUUAUUCGCUCACGAUGAAUCGCUCUACCACAUUUGACAAACCAUCUAUAUCAAAUCCUCUUUUUAUUUUUGAUAACCCUAUGUUAGAAAUACUUACAGAGGACAUUUCAAUAGAAAGCGCACUGCACCCAACAGAAGAGACUCUGGCAAGUAUUAACACCCAAAAAGAAUCGCAAGACAGCGAUGAAAUAGAAUAUAAAGUAGAGAUUAACUUUGACGCACUACAAGAAGAGCAUGCCAUGAUAGGAAUAGAAAUGGAGCAGAAUAAUGUUGACCAAAUAAGCAGCAUAGGGCAGUAUCUAUACGAAGUUACUAUUGAUAAUGAGACUAAAUACAUUACCAAGUGUGCAACAGUUGAUGAUAAUUUGUACAUAGCACUUACUGACACAGGAACAGUCUACAGCAUAGAUAAGUCGUGCAUUGUAAGAAAGCAGAAUGACAGGAGGCUGGAAGAGGCCUAGCCCAUUAUAUUGUAAAUAUACUCUAAUCGGCCUGGUAUACAUAACCUAAUAUACUAUACCCCGAA